CCCAAAGGGCUUUCUUCACAGGUGAACCAGAACCCGAAGCGGCGUCCCAGAGGAGCCCGGGAGAUGGCGGCAGCAGUGGAGUCGAAGGUUUCGGGCGACGAAGGCCGCAACAAAGCUAUCGCCUGUGCUGUAUUCAAGCGCCUCUCGCUCGAUCCGAAUAAGUUAUCAAGUGAAAGCAUUGGAGGGUCUGAUAUUGCCAGUCUGUUUUCAAACAUAUUGCAGUUAUCGGAGAGUAAAGAUUCUCUAUCAAAUGAAGAUCAGAUAAUGAAGUGGGUAGCAUUUGCAAGUAGCUUUCCCAGCAAAGCAGAUGCAUGCCUUGCAUCACUUGAUUACCUGAAUGAGGAUUUGAAACAGAAGGCUAUUUUAUUGGGCAAUGGACUUGAACCAUCAGUAGCUGACAUUGUUGUGUUUUCAGCAGUCCAUUCUUUUGUGAGUCAUCUUGUUGGCAUGGCCGUGCAAAAGUUCCCAAAUGUAGUGAGGUGGAUGGACUAUAUCCAGAACAAGGAAGACUUUGGAGGAGUAUUUGAAAAAAUUGUGGUCAGCAAGCCUGAUUUUCAACCUCUUAAGGUUUCUGGUGAUAGCAAAGCUCCUGAGGCUUUGGAUAAAGAUAGUGUGACAAAUGAGAAGAAAAAGAAAGCACUCGAGAAGGAGUCAUGUGAGAAGGAUGCACAGUGCAGUAUAAGUGUCCUCAACAUACAAAUUGGUGUUAUAUGUAAGGCAUGGAGGCACCCAUCGGCUGAUAGUUUGUUGGUUGAGGAGAUUGAUUUGGGAGAUGGUAGCUUGCGUCAGGUGGUUAGUGGUCUUGCAAAGUUUUACAGCUCAGAAGAUCUUGUAAAUCGUCGGGUGGUACUAAUAACAAAUGUGAAGCCUGGAAAGCUGCGUGACGUUACGUCAUCUGGAUUGGUCUUAUGUGCUUCUAAUCAAGAUCAUACAGUUGUGGAGCCUUUGAUUCCUCCAGAAGGUGCUUCACUUGGAGAGAAGAUAUCAUUUUCAGGGUAUGAUGGGAAGCCAGAAGAUGUGCUAAAUCCAAAGAAAAAGCAGUUAGAAAAAAUCACACCGCAUCUCUACACCGACGACAAGGGUGUGGCCACAUACAAAGGAGUACCAUUCAUGACAUCCGCAGGUCCAUGCACCUCUUCCAUCAUCAAGGCAAGCGUGAAGUGAGCAAGCAAUACGCUUGCUGUGCCAAUCUUUCAAUCAUCGGUUUUCCAAGCUUACAGAUACUGUGAUGUUUUCAGAGGUAUUGUUCUGAUGGACUUGUGUGCGAUUCUGAUUUCUUUCAGAAAUCAUUGCUUUCUGGACGAAAUGUUCCUUGUCGGUGGGUGAUCUCGGUUGGCUAUGCACAGUUUGGUUGAGUUCAUAGCUA